AUGGUGAUUUUAUUUACAUCUCCUCUCAUUUAUUUUACCAUCCUCUGUUACUCUAUCUCUGUAGUUCGCUUGUUAGCAUCACCAAACCUUGUUCUCAAUCUCGUUCACUCCAACCAAAUACAUUCCCACAAACCACCACAUGUCUCCCAUAUCGAAGAAGCGUCCGUAUCCAAAGCCAAGGGAACUGGAGAUAUCAUCGCACACCUUUCCCCUCACGUCCCUUUCAUCCCGCAAGCUUUCUUGGUGAACAUAUCAAUAGGUAGCCCACCAAUCACGCAACUUCUCCACAUGGAUACAGGCAGUGAUCUUACGUGGCUACAAUGUCGUCCUUGCAUCAAUUGUUAUGCUCAGAGUCUUCCUAUUUUCGAUCCCUCUAGAUCUUACACUUACCGCAAGGAAUCUUGCAGAACAUCUGAAUACUCCAUGCCUAGCUUAAGAUUCAAUUCAAAGACCAGAUCUUGCGAGUACUCGAUGAGAUAUAUGGAUGGUACAGGGAGCAAAGGCAUACUAGCUAAAGAUACGCUGGUGUUUAAUACAAUCUACGAUGAGUCUUCAUCAGCUUCUUUACCUAACGUAGUUUUUGGUUGUGGCCAUGAUAACUACGGUGAUCCACUAGUAGGAACCGGCAUUCUUGGUUUAGGAAAUGGUGAAUUCUCGUUGGUUCAUAGAUUCGGUACAAAAUUCUCAUACUGCUUUGGAAGCUUAGACGAUCCUUCUUACCUUCAUAACGUCUUAGUCCUAGGAGAUGAUGGUGCCAAAAUUUUGGGAGACACAACACCCUUAGAGAUUGACAAUGGUUUCUAUUACAUUAGGAUCGAAGCGAUCAGCAUGGGCGGAACAAUGCUCCCUAUCGAACCAGGGGCAUUCCAACGUAAUUACCGGACCGGUUUGGGCGGUACAAUAAUUGACACAGGAAAUUCAAUAACAAGCCUAGUUAAAGAAGCGUAUGAGCCAUUGAAGAACAAAAUUGAACAAGUUUUUGAUGGAAGGUUUAGGACCGCAGAUGUGCAUCAAGGAAGCAUGUUUAAAGUGGAGUGCUACAAUGGAGACUAUGAGCGAGAUCUGGUCGAGUCCGGAUUCCCGAUUGUAACGUUUCAUUUAUCAGAUGGAGCAGAGUUGUCUUUAGAUGUGAAGAGUGUGUUCAUGAAGGUUGCACCAAAUCUAUUUUGCUUAGCCGUGACGCCGAGCACUGGUAGUUUGAACAGCAUUGGUGCGACGGCUCAACAGAGUUAUAACAUAGGGUAUGAUCUCGAAGCAAAGAAGGUUUCUUUUGAGAGAAUUGAUUGUGGUGUCCUCUUUGAUUACUGA